UCGAAUCAAGUUCCGUUAUUUUUGCCCCUAAUUGCGGCUUGUAUACACAUCGAUGAGUGUGAUAUAGCUGAUAGUAAUAUCAUUUACUGAGAUAGUCAUCUGACUGUUCUAGUUGAUGAAUAGAUUAAGCAUCACAUGUUGUGAGAGGACAUUUACUGGUCUAUAUCCAAAGCAAACUAAAUUGGUACACUCCUGAAUUGUGGGAGUUUUCUUGUGAUAUUGCCAAAGGAUGACCGGCUUCUUCAUCACGCGUCUAAAAAAAAAUCUAUAGCUUAAUUGCUACUCCCUCCGUCCCAUAAUGUAAGACGUUUUUUUAUAUAGAUAGGAAAAUGUCGACAAACCCCACACGGCCACACAUGGGAACCCUGCCCUGCUUUGGGCUGCGAGUGCCCCGCAUGAUGCACAAGAUCUCUCUUAAUAUUAUCUUUGCUACUAUUUUAUUGGGUCGUUAGGUGGAUUACAAUACAAAAAUUGAGCAGUACCAGUAAAGCCCUGUGCAGUGCUGAGUGAUUAAAGAGUUCUUUGCAGCCAGUUGAGAUAUAAAGUGAUGUAGUGCUUCAUUUGGAGAUGAGAGAACUGCAUUUGCUUGUGGAGAUUAGCUAGCAACAUGGAGAGAGUAGCAAGUAGGCAAAUGCCCUUCCCAGCUGUGGUUGCCGCGGUGCUGCUGGAGCUACUAAGUGCAGUGGUGACAGCAGCAGGAUGCAGUACAAGUUGUGGUAACAUCAGCAUCCCCUAUCCAUUCGGCAUCGAGCCUGAUUGCUACCAUGAGGGCUUUAAUCUCACCUGUGACUACUUGUACCGCCCUCCCAAACUUUUCCUUGGCGAUGGCACUGUCGAAGUGCUCGAGAUCUCCAUCCCCAACGGCACGGUUCGCAUCAACAGCACCAAUAUCAUGCCAAUGAGUCAUGAUAUUGACGGUGCAUCCAGGCCCAACACAAGCAGGUACCACACAUGGGGUGGCCUCAGAGAGAGAGGACCGUUCUUUGUUGCGCCAGAUAGGAACAAGUUCCUUGUGUUGUCGUGCAACAACAUCCAAGUCAUCCUCAUGGGAGAGGACAACUCCACCAUCAAUGCCUGCGCCACUUACUGCCCAUCCUUGGGGAACUCAGACGCACAGCCUCAGCUUAUCCGGUAUCUACUUCUGCAUGGUGAAUGCUCGGGCCUUGGCUGCUGUAAUGGAGGCAUCCCAAAAGGUUACACUUCCUACCACAUCCAGCUCCAGCCUUCCAAUGACUCGAGCUCCGAUGCUAAAUCGUCAGUAUAUAUAGCCGAGGAGGGGUCCUAUAACAUCUCAAAACUCAUGUCUGAACCUCGCGGUGUGGCACUUCCUGCCUUGCUAGACUGGGUGAUCAGCAAUUCAUCAUGCCAAAAGCAAAACUCUGUUGCUCCUGGAUGCCGCAGCAGCAACAGCUUUUUUCAAAACUACACAAGCUAUGUCUACAAUGGCUACCAGUGCCGCUGCUCUGCCGGUUAUCGUGGAAACCCUUACAUCCUGGACGGAUGCCAAGAUAUUGAUGAAUGUGUUCAUAAGGAAGCCCACUCAUGCCAUGGAAUUUGCGAAAAUACGCCUGGAACGUUUUACUGCCGCUGCCCUGAUGGGACAUAUGGGAACCCCUCUAUAGAAGGGGGGUGUAUCAAGAUCACAAAUUACUCUGCAGGUUUAAUCAUAGGCAUAGUAAUCAGCGGUGUCUCAAUUUUGCUUCUGGCACUUAGUGCUCCAUUUGUUACACGUAUGGUGAAGCUAAGGAAGGUGAAGAAAAUGAGAGAAAAGUUAUUCAACCAAAAUCAUGGGUUGCUAUUGCAGCAGUUAAUAUCACAAAAGGCAGAUAUUGGUGAAAGGAUGAUGUUUACCUUGGGGGAUAUAGAGAAGGCCACAAACAAUUUUGACAAGUCUCGUGAGGUUGGUGGCGGCGGACAUGGUGUCGUGUAUAAAGGAAUUCUAGACCUACAUGUUGUUGCCAUCAAGAAAUCAAAGAUUGUAGUACAAAGGGAAAUCGAUGAAUUCAUCAAUGAGGUUGCUAUUCUUUCUCAAAUCAACCAUAGAAAUGUGGUGAAGCUCCUGGGAUGCUGCCUUGAGACAGAAGUGCCUCUAUUGGUUUAUGAGUUCAUUUCAAAUGGAACCCUAUACCACCAUCUUCAUGUUGAAGGACCAAAAUCACUAUCAUGGGAUGAUCGUUUAAGGAUUGCACUUGAGAUUGCUAGAGCUCUAGCCUAUCUGCACUCGGCUACUUCAAUGCCCAUAUUUCAUAGAGAUAUCAAGUCCUCCAACAUACUUCUGGAUGAGAGCUUAAUAGCAAAGGUGUCAGAUUUUGGAGCCUCAAGGUACAUCCCAAUUGAUCAAACGGCAGUGAUGACAGCUGUUCAAGGAACACUUGGUUAUUUAGACCCCAUGUACUAUUACACAGGUCGACUAACAGACAAGAGCGAUGUUUUCAGUUUCGGCGUUCUCCUUAUAGAAUUGCUAACCAGGAAGAAACCGUAUGUGUACAGAUCAGAUAAUGAUGCCGGCCUUGUAGCACAUUUUGUCUCAUCACUCAAAAAAGGCGACCUUGCUGACAUAGUAGACCCGCAAGUCAUGGAAGAAGAAGACGAUGGAGAGCUCCAAGAAGUAGCCAUGCUAGCGGCGAUGUGCACGAGAUUGGAAGGAGAGAGCCGACCAACAAUGAAGGAAGUGGAGAUGGCCCUUGAAAAUUUGCGAGCCAGGAAGAAGCCUGCUCCAUGUAAUUCAGCAGCAAUGAGAUACGACGGCGAUCAGAUUGUUGUGCAGUAUAAUUCAAUUGAAGAUUUACUCGCCAAGAAGGAUAUGCCCGUUGAAGGGGGUGCUGAGGAAUCGAGCAGACAAUACACUAUGGAAGAGGAAAUCAUGCUGUCAGCAAGGUACCCCAGAUGAUAUCUUUUGGGCCUGAACAAAGGAGAAGGCUCUGUUUGUAUGACAAUGAGCAGAUGUUCUUCAUAUUGACACGCUUCGAGGCAUGCUCGAGAGAAAAAUGUGCAAAUAUUCCUGCAUUAUUGUGCUGAAGUCACGAAUUUGAUAGUUUUUCUGUACCGACA